AUGUCUUUGGAUCAUUAUCCAAUCCUUACCGACAGACGUUUUCAGCCUGCCGACAGACAGUCUUAUGACUCCAUUUCCUUAGCUCCUCCUCACUGGAACUACCAAUCCAGAUCACAAAAUGAAAUCCCUCAUGAUUAUUCUUCUAAUUCUUCAUCAUGGAACGUGAAUUUGCUCAAUAAUUGGUCCAACGAAGUUGUACCUCCCUCCUCAUCAUAUCCAGUCAAUCUGCGUCACCCCGGAUCCGGCUAUCAGCAGUCCACUUACACAGAACCCCCCCAGCGUCAUUUACAAUCAACAUCUUCCCAAUCCCUAUCAUCCGGAUUAUCAUCUUCAUCCUUUGAACGUCAAGUACUUCAACACCGCUCCCCAUCAGCAGCUUCCUCUUUCAAAUUCGACGAUGCUUCAUGGGGUGCAACUCUCUACACUAUCCACGAUGACAGAAGUACUCCAUCACAUUCCCUACCACCUCCUACGGUCACUAGCGCAUCUCCUUCUGCACGUGCUUCUUCUAGAGCUUCAUCAUCCAGGUCACCCCCUGUGAAGCUCGAACAAGAUGAGGUUUCAAGCGCCGAUUGCUUUGUCAUGGAAUUUGCUACCGCUGUCCCAGCUGCGCAGGACAGCACCUCAUUAGCUCCCCCAACAGAAGUGCCCUUGCGCGCGACCCAAGCAAGCAAGGCAAUGCGCAAAAUGAUGGGCGUGUUUCGGCUCAAUCCGUUCUCAAUCCAUGAGGGUGGUGGUCAGGCAAUGAGUACCUGGAUGGGAGAGGAUGCAGGCCCGUUGGAUGAAGAACCUCAGGUUUUCGAGUUUCAACUCGACGUUGGAUACCGCGACUCUGAUGAGGAGCUCGAGGAACCAGCGCCAUCUCACCUUCAGACUCUCGUUGAGGUCCCAGAGCCUGGCCCAGACGAAAACACGAGGUGGGCCGAGGGUGAUGACUCUGACCUCUCCUACCCCCCGGUCUCACAUAACAGCUGGGCCACCAACGACCCGUCGUGUCAUUCGUACACAUUGCCAUCACUCAGGUCAUAUCCCCACUCCCCUUCACUGUCUUCCACUUCGUCACGUGGAACGCCCCUUGAUAUGUCUGCCUCAGAGUAUUCUGGCACAUAUUCACUCCAUGGCUCUGGUAGCUGCGGUUCUUCCACGGAUAACCUUCCGUCACUCUCAUCGAUGGCGCGACGUUGGUCCAUUCCCGCCAAUCUACAAGCACCAUUCAUGAUAUAA